AUGUGUGCAAAGUUCGAAAGGUUUCGGUAUUACUUGGGUACUGCACAAAUAAAAGCAUUGAACCUAUGCUACAGUGCACCAACUACAGAUUUAGAUGACUGCGAAGGUUGCUGUAUAUCCGACUUGCAACAUAAUCUGCCGGCGCUUAUUGGGUUGUCCGAUUACCAGGAUUGUUUAACCAGAGCAAACAUCACUACAGACACAUUAUAUGCUGUCGGACUAUCUCCGAAACUUACUCUUCCGAAGGAUGUCGAGUUACCAUGCCUUCACGGAAGGUUUCGGUUAGAGGCUGUAAAACAAGAGGGGUCGCAGAGUCAAGACAAUUGGUGGCUCGUUGAUCUUUACACUUCAGUCAGCACAGAUACUCCCUCAACUACGUUAACCCAGAUUCGUCAAUUCUAUAGACGGCAUGCGACUUCCUGUGACGGAGAAAAGUUUCUCCACAUUCGGUUCUACAAACGGGAGAAAAACUAUGCAGCUGCUUCAAAAUGGGAAAGAUUAUUAGGAACCAAGACAAAAAAUAUGAAACAAGUGUUGCGGAAUGAAUGGCUUCGCGAUUGUCUUGAGAAACUAGAGCCCUUUCGCUCUCUUUGGAUGGGUUUCCAGCUCGGUUCCUUCCCACUUAUCUUGAGCUGGCGAUGCGCGCAGGAGAUUGAAUGCUACCUUGAGAAAAUGUAUAGAAUCUGGUACACAAUUACAGGUGGCGAGACUUACUUAUGCGACGAAUACACAGUUGAAAAACUUGGAGGACUUGCACCUUUGUGGAGUGCUCAUGACCGCUCCCUGAUCGAGAGCUUGUUUGCCGCAGGGCAUAUAUUUCCUCGCGUACGCGAUCCAGCUGUACGCGCUCAGAUCUCUCAGAAGGUUCUCACUGUUGAAGGAUUCGUCCUAACGUUCCAGACCUUCUUCAAACAAGUCAAGAUACUAGGACCUAUCAUGCACCCUUUGAGAGAGUUGUUUCCUGCAAGUGAUUUCUACCCUUCAAGGGGCGAAUUCAGCCUAGACUCCAGACAUCUUCCCUCAGUAAGAGAUAUCCUGCUUCAGCGUUGGCGCGAGCGGCCCGAACCAAAUAAGCAGCAAUAUGUGUUACAAUACAACGAAAUUGAUGACCGCUCUGUUGAGUGUAGUGAUCCUGGUUUGUAUUCGUACUGGCAACUUUGCUUGUAUUUGCUUCGCCAUUCGCAAGGCCAUCAGGGCUUCCCAAAAACACAAUACCGGGCAGAGCCGUCUGAGCGUCCUGCAUGGGUGGUUCGACUUGGCCAAUUUGCGCGCAGGCUUGGGUUUGAGUCUGAGCAGAUAUCGUUGCUCUGCAAUCAAGACCCCAAUCUCUCCCAGAUCCGUAUCCAUUUGCUCGAAGAAAGACCUAGUACCUUUUUCUCUGCACCCGCAGACAAGUUCGAUGCAGAAGCCCAUUCACGCCAAAGAGGUCAAGCGAUCUUUGAUUAUCGCCCGCCUACUGUUACUCCUUUGAUGACAACCGAUAGUGCGACUGUUAUACGAGUGCCCAGGACCCAUCCCGAACUAUUUCUUCCCACGAUAUGGAGUGCGCUUACGCAGCAGCCGCGCUACGCUUUGACGGAAUAUGGAGCGCUUGUGUUGAUCUGCUUGUCUUUCUUUGAGGGGUUUGGAUCCAACUCUGUCGCCAAUGUUGGCGAGGGCCCUCAGCCAGUUCCAUCGCUUUUGCGUUCAUCAUCUGUAUACUCAGUGCCCGCAUAUCCUGAUUCUCACCGGGCUAGUAUCACAUUCUGGCAUUUGCCUCAAAGGCGGGACAUGAGUCCACUUGCUGAGUACAUUUGUGAUACAACUAUCAAGGAUAUUGAGAAAGUAGUGAACAACAUUCGCGCGCAGGGUCAAGCCCCUUUAUUCGCUUUAGUGGAUAGCGAUGGGCGACUCAGGCUUUGUGACCCCUCGCAGAUUUUGUAUCGCCGUAAACGAUCUAAGCAACCGAAAGAUGUUUACUAUAUAUAUCGCGAGGAAAACUGCAAGAUUUGGAUAAUGAAAAAGCUCAACAGUUACCGAAAAUAG